UACUUAAUGAAUACUUAGGUUUACUACGUUACUGUAUUUUAAUGUUGUCAUUAUGGUGGUACUUAAUGAAUACUUAGGUGUACUAUACUACUGUAUUUAAUGUUGUCAUUAUGAUGGUACUUAAUGAAUACGUAGGCCUACUAUGCUACUGUAUUUUAAUGUUGUUAUCAUGGUGGUACUUAAUGAAUACUUAGGUCUACUAAACUACUGUGUUUUGUUGUUGUCAUUAUGCUGGUACUUAAUGAAUAUUUAGGUCUACUACACUACUGUAUUUUAAUGUUGGUCUUUAUGGUGGUACUUAAUGAAUACUUAAGUCUACUACACUACUAUAUUUAAUGUUGGUCUUUAUGGUGGUACUUAAUGAAUACUUAAGUCUACUACACUACUUUAUUUAAUGUGUUCAUUAUGAUGGUACUUAAUGAAUACUUAGGUCUACUACACUACUGUAUGUUAUUGUUGUCUGGACUAAUUAUGUGAUUACUGUGAUGAACCUUGUUAAGCUCGUGCUAGACGUGAUCAUUUAGUGUUUCUAAAUAGCUGCAAAAAGACAUUUAAAGACGAUGAGAAAGCACGUUCACACCCACUUGGUGGCCUCACAAGUUAGGAAUCUACAGUUGGGCCAUGGCGCUGCUUUCUAUAGACCGCACCUGCUGGCUUCGCCUGGGUCCCUGGGGCACUCCCACUUUUGGGUGAAGUGCGACAGAGAGCCGGCAGAGAGCUUUUCCGCGCUCCGCCAGGCAGAAAACGGACUCGGUUCAGGAACGGAAAACUGGAACCGGACAUGUCCCGGGGCAGACAAGUGGAGCCCUCGUUGUGGCGCUCGUCUCGCUUACCCACCGCCGUGUCUCGUGACCGGAAGAGCCGCUCGCCCUACGGGAGGGCCAACGUCCAGGCCAAGCCCGACUCGUCGCCUAGUCUCACUGCGCGGUAUGCAAGUCCUCCUGGCCAUGCUGGAAUAGGAUCUCCUCAAAAGAAAAACACAAGGUUACCGGGACCUUCCAGGGUACCCGCUGCGGGCAGCGGGGCUUGCCGGAGUCCGGGCUCGUCCAAUCUGAACCGCCGCAGCCAGAGCUUCAACAGCAUCGACAAGAGCAAGCCUCUGCAGUACGCCAGCGGCAACGACCGAGAGGCGAUGAGGAGCACCCCUGCACCCGGGGGCUUGAACGGAAGCGGACUCGGCGGGACUGUUCCCGCCAGCCUCAGUGGGCAGCAGCUGGUCUCUGCCAUUCCCUCCCCCGCCGCUACUAAGUCAUGGCGCAGCAAGUCUAUGAACCUCAAGCACAGUGCCACUUCCUCCAUGCUGGCCAGUCCCACGCAUACGUCGACUCCGUCACCUUCAUCCAACAUCCAGGAGGGCAGUGACGGGUCCAAAGUCGGUGGACCCCACAGAUCCAUGCUUGAGAAAUUCCGCCUCAUCAACCCUCGGUCCGCCUCCCGGGUAUCACCGUCCAUGGCUGAGAUGGCUCUGCAGGAGGAGGACGACCUUUCAGAGUACGGGGACGAUGGAUUCACGCCCACCGGCUCCGUCUGCAGUGCUCCGACUAAACCUACCCCAACCAAGUCCAGCACGUCAACAACCAAGACCUCAUCUUCAAAGGGUGCCGGCAGGUCGGCGACCACGUCCAAAGACAAUGUGGACAAAAGCAAAACCGGGAGCAAGCUUCAGUCCAAAGAGGAGCGGGAGUCCUUUCCGGACUCCGCGAAGAAGACCUCCAAAAUUGCCAGCUUGGUACCUAAGGGAGCCAAGCAAGGGAAGAAAGAGCCGGCGGGAUCUAGUGGCAUACCCAAGCCAGGACUUAAGGCCCCCUCCACGACAAAGCCUCAGGGUCAGUCCCAAAGCCAGACGAGCCUGACCAGCACUGCCAAUCCGGAGCGAGCCAAGAUGGCAAAGGGCGGCCAGGGUCUCUACACCCAGCGCACCGGCGGUGGUCCGGAGGGCAAGAGAACCAACAUGACCUCCUCCACCAGCACUUCGGCCCUUUCUGGAUCCGGCGGCACGCUGGCAGGAGGAGGCGCCCUGGGUGGGAACGGUGUGGUUCAACUCCCACAGCAGCAACAGCACAACCACCCCAACACUGCCACCGUGGCCCCCUUCAUGUACAGGACCUUCUCGGAGAAUGAUUGCACCAUGGUGGCUCCAGCCGACCCCUGCCUCAGCCCCACCAAGGGGGAGCUGGUCUACAGCAAAACAGCCAAACAGUGCCUGGAGGAGAUAUCAGGAGAGGACCCCGAGACCAGACGAAUGAGGACGGUAAAGAACAUCGCUGACCUGCGGCAGAACCUGGAAGAAACCAUGUCCAGUCUCCGGGGGACACAGAUCAGCCACAGCACACUGGAGACCACCUUCGACACCACCGUCACCACCGAGGUCAACGGGCGCAGUCUCCCCGCCCUUGCCAGCCGCCCCUCCCCCAUGGCCUGGCGCCUGGGCCAGACGCCCACGCCGCGCCUGCAGGCGGGCGAGGCCCCCUCCGUGCCCGGCGGCUACGCUGCGCCCCGGGCUGCGGCGACGGGUGCCGGCGGCCCCGCGGCUGGGCGCUACGGCGGGAACCCUGACCCCUCCAGGUUUGUGUACAGCGCCCCCCUGAGGCGGACAGGGCCACGGGGGGAGCAGGGGGAGAGAGGAGGUGGCGGCGGGCUGGAAGGAGGGAAGCAGACGGAGGUGGCGGGGUACGUGAGCGACGGGGACGUCCUGGGGAAGAACGCCCGCAUGGAUGACGUCACCAGCGGAUAUCUAACCGACGGGGGUCUGCAUUUGUACGCGCGCAACACGGGCCGAGCGUCGGACUCGCCUUCUUCCCGAGAGACGUCUCACAGAGGCAGCAAGGAGAUGCAGGGCGACGUCGACAGCUGGGACGACAGCAGCUCGGUGAGCAGCGGCCUGAGCGACACCUUGGACAACAUCAGCACCGACGACCUGAACACGCCCGCCUACUCCUCGGUCAGCUCGCCGCGCAAAAGCAGGGGCGCCCAGUCGCAGAGAGGAAGUAAGUCCAAGCAUGCCGAGCAGGAAGUAAGCAGCAGCUGGGCCGGAGCCGAAGACCUGAAGAAGGUGGACGAGGAACUCGACGCGAACAUGGACCCCAAUGGCGCCUCCUCCCGCUGGAAGUCCUCCUCGUCCUCCCAACCCCACAGCCAAUACGAAGAGGCGGGUCAGAAAGCCACGGCGUUGGCCCAAAUAUCCCAGACCGGGUCAUUGAGAAGGGGCAUGACAGCCCAGGUGGGCAUCACACCACCUCGGACCAAGGGCACCUCUUCCCAUAAAACACCUGGCAAGACCGAUGAUGCCAAGGCUUCGGAGAAAGUCAAGGUGCCCUCCAAGAGCGCCUCUGGCAUCCAGCGCUCCCCGUCAGACGCUGGCAAGAGCAGUGGAGACGAAGGCAAAAAACCGCCGUCUGGGAUUGGACGCCCCCCCACCACGGGUUCUUUUGGAUACAAGAAGAUCCCUGGUGCCUCUGGGACUCUCGUUACCUCGAGUGGCGCCACGCUCUCCAGUGGUUCCGCCACUCUGGGAAAGGUCCCCAAAUCCUCAGCUGCCCUCGGCAAGAGCGCGGGCAUCGGUGGCGCGCGGAAGACCAGCCUGGAUGGCUCGCAGCCGCAAGACGACGGCGUCCUGCUCACCUGCGGGGGCUCUAAAGUGCCCCUCCAGUACCGCUCUCUGCCCAGACCGGCUAAAUCCUCCAACGUCGGCGGCAAAUCGGUCAGCGGUGGGACGGCGGCCGGAACCAAGCGCAGGGACGGCGGAAAAGCGGGCUCCAGCGACCGCUCCAGUCCCAACAACAUGAACCAGACGGACAAGGACAAAGUGACGGUAACGGACCAGGAUCCGGGUCUGUCCACGUCGCCAAAGUCCAGCCCGACGUCCUCUUCAACGGGGCAGACUAACCUCCGGCAACCGGGCUCCAAAUACCCCGACAUUGCCUCGCCGACCUUCCGCAGAUUAUUUGGCACCAAAGCCAGCAGCAAGGCCAGCUCGCCGGGCACGCCCGACUCUGGCAAGUGCCCCUCGACCCUGGGCAGCCCGCACGGUGCGCUGGCGAGGCAGCCCAGUCUGGAAUCGCCCUCUUCCGGCACCGGGAGCCUGGGCAGCGCUAGCGGGCCGAGCGGCGGCAGCAGCCCGCUGUACGGUAAAACCCCCGAGCCGUGCACCGAGUCCCCGGCCUCCAGCCCGGCCUCCGGCCUCUCGCUGCCCUCCAACGCUCGGCCCUGGCCCGCCUGCGGCUCGUCGGCCGGCAGCAAGGACACUCUGAGCUGCCAGAGCAUGAGCAGUCUGCACACCAGCUCUGAGUCCAUUGAUCUGCCUCCGGGCCACCACGGGCCAAAGGUUACCAGAACCGGCAGUGUCAAGUCCACCCUGUCUGAGGGCAUGCCUCUUGACAGAAACACGCUUCCCAAAAAGAGACUGAGGUACCCUCCCUCGUCUCGCCAGGCGUCCCACGAAGACGGAAUGGAGUGGCUCCGUUCCCACUCCACAGGGGGCCUUCAGGACACGGGCAGCCCCAUGUCCCCGCCCGGGACCUCCUGCACCGCCGCUGGGAAGUACCACUACUCCAACCUGCUCAGCCCCACCAACGUCCUGCACUACAACCUCCCGCCUGGCAGCAGCAACAUGAGUCGCUCCAACAGCAUCCCCGCUCACGACUCCUUUGACCUCUACGGGGAGGGCCACCCCCUGGGGGGCAGCGCCACCUCCCUGGAGGACCGCCCGCGGGCCAUCAGUCGCUCCAACUCUUUUAGGGACAGCACGGAUGAAGUCCACGGCUCUUCCUUGUCUUUGGUCUCCAGCACUUCGUCACUCUACUCCGCAACGGAGGAGAAGGCCCACUCCGAGGGCCAAACAGUCCAAAACUCCACGCAAAUCAGAAAGCUUCGCCGGGAGCUGGACGCGUCCCAGGAGAAGGUAGCGACCCUGACGUCCCAGCUGUCUGCCAACGCGCACCUGGUGGCCGCCUUCGAGAAGAGCCUGAGCAACAUGACGUGCCGCCUGCAGAGCCUCACCAUGACCGCCGAGCAGAAGGAGUCCGAAUUGGUCGAGCUGAGGGAGACCAUAGAGUCGCUGAAGACCCAGAACACCGACGCCCAGACGGCCAUACAGGUGGCGCUCAACGGCCCGGACCACCAGCACAAAGAUCUGCGCAUCAGACGGCAGCACUCGUCAGAGAGCAUGUCCAGCAUCAACAGCGCGGCCAGCCACUCCAGCAUGGGCAGCCUGGGCAAGGACGGCGAGGACAAGAACAAGAAGAAGAAGAAGAACUGGGUGGCUGAUUCCAUCCCAGCUCAGCUGCGCAGCUCCUUCAAGCACGCCUUCAGCAAGAAGAAGACCAAGUCUCAGUCGGCUGUCGACGAGAUGGAAGAGAUGGCAGACGCCGUGCCGUCCUCGCCCAAACUGCAGCACAACAACAGGCAGGGUAGCAUCGCCACGCUGCACUCCUCGCCCUCCGCCACAGAGCUGUGCGAGUGCACGGAAGCCGAGGCGGAAAUCAUCCUCCAGCUGAAGAACGAGCUGAGGGAGAAGGAGCUCAAGCUGACGGACAUCCGCCUGGAGGCGCUAAGCUCCGCCCACCACUUGGACCAGAUCCGGGAGGCGAUGAAUCGCAUGCAGAACGAGAUCGAGACGUUAAAAGCGGAGAACGACCGCCUCAAGUCCAGCGGCAACGCCACGCCGACGGCCACGCCCAUCAAGGCGGCCCGCCCGCCCUCCGAGACCUCCAGCACGUCCUCGUCCUCCUCGCGUCAGUCCUUGGGCCUCUCCCUCAACAACCUCAACAUCACCGACACCAUCAUGUCAGAUAUUCUGCUGGACGACAGCUACGAGGGAAACCUGCGCAAGGAAGGUCGCAGCGUGCGGAUCGUGGUCCACAUCAACAGCGGACCAAGUCGAACCAUGGGCACGCAAAUGCGGGAGUACCUGAUUGGCUCAAUCGGCGUCAGCGGGAAGACCAAGUGGGACGUCUUGGACGGCGUCAUUAGACGCCUCUUUAAGGAGUACGUGUUCCGGGUGGACCCGGUGACCAGCCUCGGUCUGAGCUCGGACAGCAUCGUCUGCUACAGGAUGGGCGAGGUGGUCCGCGCCCACUCCUUCGAAGUGCCUGAGCUGCUGCCCUGCGGCUACCUGGUGGGCGACAACGUCAUCAAGAUCCACCUGAAAGGCGUGAAAGACAACAGUGUUGACAGUCUGGUGUUCGACACGCUCAUCCCCAAGCCCAUCAUCCAGCGGUACCUCAACCUGCUGAUGGAGCACCGCCGCAUCAUCCUGUCGGGGCCCAGCGGCACCGGCAAGUCCUUCCUGGCCGCCAAGCUGGCCGAGUUCGUGGUUUCCCAGCUGGGCCAGGAGGUGACGGAGCACAACGUGGCCCGCUUCAACGUGGACCAGAACUCCAGCAAGGACCUCCAUCAGUACCUGUCCAACCUGGCGGAGCGCUGCAACUCCUCGGGGAAGGACACAAAACUUCCCAGCGUGGUCAUUCUGGACAACCUCCAUCAUGUUGGCUCACUCAGCGACAUAUUUAACGGCUUCCUCAACUGCAAGUAUCAUAAAUGCCCCUAUGUGAUUGGGACCAUGAACCAGGGCGUCUCCUCCUCCCCCAACCUGGAGCUGCAUCACAACUUCAGGUGGGUGCUGUGUACCAACCACACGGAGCCUGUCAAAGGCUUCCUGGGCCGCUUCCUCCGGAGGAAGCUGAUCGAGACGGAGCUGGCCAAGAACAUGCGCAGCAACGAGCUGAUCAAGACCAUAGACUGGAUCCCCAAGACCUGGCAUUACCUCAACGGCUUCCUGGAGGCGCACAGCUCCUCCGACGUCACGAUAGGUCCCCGGCUCUUCCUGUCCUGUCCCAUGGAGGUGGAAGGAUCCCGGGUCUGGUUCACGGACCUGUGGAACUACUCGCUGGUGCCCUACCUGCUGGAGGCUGUCAGGGAAGGACUUCAGCUGUACGGCAAGCGGGCGGCGUGGGAGGACCCGUCCAAGUGGGUGAGCGACACGUACCCGUGGAAGGGCCCCACGCUGCAGCAGGAGGGCCAAUCGCUGCUGCAGCUGAGGCCCGAGGACGUGGGCUACGAGGGCUACAGCUCGUCCAAGGAGGGCGCCUCGUCCAAGCAGAUGUCCCAGAGCGACACCGAGGGGGACCCCCUGAUGAACAUGCUGCUGAGGCUGCAGGAGGCAGCCAACUAUUCCAGCACGCAGAGCUGCGACAGCGACAGCACCGGUCACCAUGACGACCAGCUGGACUCCUCGCUGGAGUCGGCGUUAUGAGGCGCCGAGUAGCGCUCUCCCGUCCACAUCUGUGAGGCAAAGUCCCAGGUGACAUGAUAUCGUGCAGAUACAUGAUAUCGUACAGGUGACAUGAUGGCGUACAGGUACAUGAUAUCGAACAGAUACAUGAUAUCGUACAGAUGACAUGAUAUAGUACAGGUGACAUGAUGUCGUACAGAUACAUGAUAUCGUACAGAUGACAUGAUAUCGUGCAGGUAUUUGCAACAGUUGAUGUCAGCAGCAAGUGGAACAUGUUUACAGGAGGAGGGCAGGUAAUAUUCUUCAUGUUUACACAGGUGCUUCUCACACGCAUGCACUUAAAGACAGGAAGGAAGGUGUUCAUUGGUCCAAACUCCCCCCCAUGUGACCCUUUGAGCAAGGCAUGAUCGCUGCUGAUGUGAGGGGUGUUUAUCCAACCUAGAUGAAUGUGUGCUACAGGUGCGCUUCCUGUGUGACGUGCCCCUUACUAAACAUCCAACAACACCCGCUGUGCCGUAAACAUCAUAGUUUGGACUGUUGGGGUUAUUUUGAAAUACAUUUUCUGACAAGUGAGGUCAUCCAGACGUCCCGCCCCUCAAACUUGUGCUGCAAAAAUGUUAUAUUAUAUUUUAAUUUCAAGUAAAUCAUUGACAGAAAAAUCCAAUUAUUUGAAACUGAUCCUAUCUUUUUUUCCUCUAUUUUAUUUUACAAAAAUCCAUUCCCAUAUAUGAUUUUCAAUGUGUAUCAUAUUUGACACAUCGGGUCACACAAUACUAUUUUGAUGUUUUUUUCUCAUAACAAACCAAAAUAUAAUAUGACACGCAGAAAUAUCAAUUUCCAAUUCCAUAUAUGAUUUUCAAUGUGUAUCAUAUUUGACACAUCGGGUCGCACAAUACUAUUUUGAUUCAAUAUUCAAUACAAACCAAAACAUAAAUAUCCAUCCUGUUAUUUCCAGACAUUAAAAUAUCACAACACACACACACACACACCAAGUGUUUGCCACAAAAUAGUACAGUAAAUUCACCUCAUGUAAACAUUGUAUUUAUUUGAAACAUCUCAUUUAUAAUGCAUGAAAUGUAAUAAAAUACCAAUUGACUAAUUUAGAGUUACACUACCUUUCAUGCCUGAUGUUUCAAAUGUGAUGCACACAUUUUCAACAUCGUCUCACUACAUAUUAUACAAUUAUGAGUAAUUUAAUGGAUUAACUUUUUGUACUGAUGUGUCAGUUAAAAAUAUGAAUUUCUCUAACCUUUUCCCUUUCAAAUUUGGUGAAGUUUCUCUUAAAAAUCAGGUGUUUUUCAUUUUUAUUUGUGGCAGUCUCACUGGACAGCCCUUUAAAAAGUCAAGUAUGGCCCUCGUGUAGAUUAUACGUGUAUUGCAUGCAUCUAAUCUGAUACGUCAGGCUUUUUGGAGAAAAACGGAUUACACUGAUGAUGUAGAGGGCUCAAUAACAUUUGUGUUUCACUUAUGAUACAUUGGGUGUUACAGGUUUAAAGUAUUAAUGUUUUAUUAUUCGCAACUACCCACUUUGUCAAAAUCUCCCCAAACUUGUCGCCUGCAAAAAAUAUUUUUUGUAACAAUUUUAAUUGUAGUGGUAUGGGGCUGGUUAUGAAAACUAUUUAUUUUUUUAAACGUUAACGUGAAAUCUGUAAUAGUUAGACAAAAACAUUUUGCAGCAGAGGGCUCAAUAACAUUUAUGUAUCACUUAUGAUAUGUUGGGUGUUACUGGGUUACUUUGUCAAAAUCCCCCCAAACGAUUUUAAUUGUCAUGUUAUGGGGCUGGUUAUUAAAAUUAUUUAUUUUAUUUAUUUUUUUAACGUUAAUAUCGUGGAAUCUGUAUUAGUUAGACGAAAACAGUUUGCAGCGCAAAUGUUUGGGACAGUUUUUGGAGGGUUUUUUUUAGAAAAUGUAUUUGUAUUAUAUAUAUUUAUUCAAAUUUCCUUGUAAUCUGACUAUAUUUUUCAGUAAAAGAGAUGGAAUUUGUACCUUAAUUACUAGGUAAAAAGUCCAUAUAAUAUCCCAAAAAUAUGGUCUAAUUACAAUACAUUUUUAAAAAGUAUAUGAAUAUGAUGAUGUAGAGGGCUCAAUAACAUGUAUGUAUCAUUUAUGAUACAUUGGGUGUUACAGGUUUACUUUGUCAAAAUCCCCCCAAAUGUGUCCCCUGCAAAAAUAUUUCGUGUAACGAUUCAAAUUUUCAUUCUAUUGGGCUGGUUAUGAAAAUAAUUGAUUUUUUUUAAAUGUUGAUAACGUGAAAUCUGUAAGUUAGACCAAAACAUUUUGCAGCGCAAAUGUUUGGGGCAGUUUUUUUGAGUUUUUUUAGUUUUUAUUAUUUAGUUAUUAUUUUAACGUGAUGUGUCCUUGAGUGCCCAAAAAAUGUAUUUUUAUUAUACUUUUUCAAAUGUUCUUGUAAUCAGACCAUAUUGUCGGUAUAUUGGAUGGACUUUUUACCUUAAUUAUUAGGUAAAAAGUCCAUCUAAUAUACCGAAAAUAUGGUCUGAUUACAAGACAUAUUUAAAAUGUUAAUGAAUAAGAAGACAUAAUGAACCUUUUUAAACAAUAUAUUACUAUUAUUAUUAGGGGGGGGAGAUGACGUCACAAGUCAGAAAAUGUAUUUCUGAAUAAUUAAAAAAUGCUGACGGCACAAAAUAAAAAUGUUUACAGUACAAACAUAGCACACAAAAAAUGCCAGUGUUAUUUAAUAUUUUCUGAUGACAAGGGAGGGUGCCAACUUCACACAAGUCCGAGGGGGAAGGAGGGGGGGGUGGGCUGGCCUCCCACCAGGACCCCCCUCCCUCAUUACCGGCCCUGGGCGUCUACCACGUCACGCUCUGUCCGCCAUGUUACUUUGAAGAAAAAUUGGAUAAGUGCCAACGUUUGCCCAUUUGUGCUCCUGCCAAAUAGUGCGCACUUGAGCAAAAUGGACUCUACGGACUGCGACAAGCAGGCAGGCAGCGCCCCCCUGUGGCCGCACUCGGUGCAGGUACAUAUAAAAAAAGAACACUUUACGAGGACUUCGGUGCUUUCUCGCUGCCUUAAAUGUGCAAACGUUUGCUUCCACUUAAGAGGCUAAUAUGGAUGAUGAAUUUUGCUUCCUUUUUUUUCAAAACCAGCCUUUCAUUUCCUACCAGUCCCACUAUAAAGUGCAAAAUAAGGAGUUUAUGUACGUGAAUUCAGAGCUGAUUAAUAGUGUACAAAGUAUACAAAUAUAUAUAAAUAUGUGUAUAAAAAGGUUUGUUUCGGUUAGAUCUGUCGGCCCAGUUGAGCUGGGCUCACUUGUACUAAAAGGAGCACAAUUCAUGUUUUGGUGUUGGGGGCCGGCGAGCAAGAGAUAUUUACCUUUAUGUACAAAGAACAAGACGUAUUGGACACAAGCCAUCUGUUGGUUGCUUUUGCACACCUGGGCAGGUUGUAAAUACCUAGAGUCUUGCACAGAGAAUCUGAGGUGUGUUAGUAACUCACCUGCUAUUGUGGACAUGCAGAGGAAAAAGAUGCAAAAAGUUUGUGUGUGCGUGUGUGUGUGUGUCUGGUGGUGUUUGCCCACGCAGCACACACACUGUUCAACCAGGGGCGUCCAAACUUUUCCAAUGAAAAAUGAAAGCAUGCAAGAGCCUUUUCGAUAUUUUUCAUUUUCAAAAACAAUACAAUUCAUCGAUUUAUGGCCCAAAAGGGUCAUAAAAAUUAUUUAAAAAAGGCACCAAUUAUUUUAUUUUUAUUUUUAUUGUUUUGCAUUCCAUGCUUGAAUCUCUAAUGGAAUAUGUGAUAUAAAGUAAUUGGAGCCAUAAAGAAAAACAUCAAUAAUUUAAAACAUUUCUUUUAUCUUUUUUUUUUUUUUGGGGGGGGGGGGGGUG